AUGAUUUAUCGACCUUGCUCUACUCUCAAGUACCUAUACGCCCCCAACAGCCAGCGCGCGUUCAAACACGGGCCAGCUGUAGAGGUCAAGGAGCUUACUUCUCUGUUAAAACUAAGCCCUUCGUUUAGAGUCAUCCUAGGUCCACCGAGUUCGGGCAAGACGGCUUUAUGGAUACUUCAGAACGUGAAGGCGUUUCUCGACGAAUCGUAUCAGGCACAGGCGCGCGACGCCUUCUGGAAGAUUGUGUCAACCAUCUCCGAGGUGGAGAUACUUGGCGUCUCUGCGAAAAUUCGCGAGACCACAAUUUCGACAGAAACGGCCGCAAAGAUCUUCAAAGAACUUGGAAACCGCCUCAAGCCAUGGAAAAUCUCCCACGGGUCAAGACCUUGUGUCUUAAUCAUUGACGAGGCAAAUGUCUUCCAAGAGAUGAGUGACAAGGUAAUCCAAACGUUCCUCAGAUUCGUCGUUCAAGUUUCAAAAGAAGAAGCAAACCUGCAGGUUGUAUUCACAUCCUCCGACCCCUUCUUCGAGAGUUGGCUGAAAAAACAUGUCAAUAGCGCUCACUUUGAGACACUCGUCGUUGGGGACCUACCCUACAUGGAGGCUAAAGAUUAUUUCCUUCACGAGGUCAAAAACCAUCCACACCUCACAAAAACAAACAAAGACCUUCUGGAAUCUGUUGACUUCCAAAUUCCUUUCAGAAUAACUGGAGCUAUGAAAUUCCAGACGACGCAACUUGCGUAUACCUACUUGGAAGACAAGAUCCUAGGGAAGGCAAAAACAUACACCGGAGAAACUGCUCUGAAAGUCUGCGAGCUCCUUGUGGAUUCACCUGGCUAUGUUGACUAUCGCAAACUUUCAGCAGAGCUCGGCAAUGCAGUCGUUGAAGAGAUGGUACAACGAAACUUUCUUCAUUUCCGACCACCUUCUACCUUUUCCAGGGAUCUGUAUCCUCCCCCUUCCAGAUCGGUCGUUACGGCUCAAAGCGAACCUGAUCUCCGUGCGAUGGAAGUGCUUGUCAAGGAGUCGAGAAAGCAGUAG